UUAAUUGCAGGGGAGGAGAUUCAGAGCGAGCAAAGCUUCAUUCCUCGAAAGGAACCCUGCCGCCAAGCCCAUUUGCGGCAAACUAUUUCGACUCAGCCAGCAUUCUCGACCACCAGGACACCCGAACAUAUGCCGUCAUCUUUCUUUCGUCCGCCUCAAUUAUCCAUCCACCUCUGAAAAUAAGCCAUGCUAGACUAGGUAAACACACUUGUGAAAAUGGACAAGACUCUUCGCUACCGGGUCAUCCGGAUCUACAAAGAACUCUUAUAUCUAGGCCGCAACUACCCACUUGGCUAUCAGUUCUUCCGCGAUCGACUUCACCGUGCGUUCUCGAGUCAGGCCCAUUUGAAGGACGAGGACCAAAUUCGAAGUGGGAUACAGAGAGCGGAGUUCGUGAAGAAAGAGAUCGAAGCAUUAUAUUACCUGAGACGCUAUCGUUAUCUUAAAAACCAUUAUACCAACUCCUAAAAAUCCGAAAUCAGCCGUCGACGCCCACGGAAGCAGUAGGAAAAGUGGUAUAUAAAAUUUGAUGAUCGUGAAUAUGGGGGGAAUUGCGGAGCGGCAGGCAAAUGUUCAUGUCUUAAAACUUUAGUGCAGGGCUGUUCAAUCAUCGCUUCUGUCCCCACCAAGCGCCGACUUCCAAACACUCUCCGCUCGCGACUCCAUCUUUCUGCAACAGAUCCUGCGUCAUACCCGCCCACCACCGAUCCCAUUCAGCUUUGCCUUUUUCGCUUGCUUCCAUCAGUAUAGGCUCCAUACUCUCAAUCAUCUGGACAACAUUUAAUAGUGCGGUGUGACGCAAGGUCAAUUGGUCUUCCGUUAAAUGCUUCCGUGGAGUCGUUCCUCCGUUUGACGUGUGUUCCCAUUUCACCUCACCGAGAGGUAUAGCGAUCCUACGGCUAUCGACACUCUGGAAAGACUCCGACUCAGAAGUGAAGGACAAAUUGAUCGUGGCGCACGGCAUGGGCGUAAGUUUGCGUAGUUCAAAUGCUUUUUCUGCCCAGGAGUUAUAGUCGCGCAAAUAGGGGUUUUGGGCAUCCGCAA